CUCUCUCCCUCCCAUCAUCGUCUCGCGCGGCGUCGCGGGCCCCACUUUACCCUCCCCGCGCCGCCAAAACACGGAGCGCGACCGCCGUCGGGAUCGCCAUGGUUUACCACAAUCUUAAGGCCCUCAUCAAGGGCAUACGAUCAUGCAAGACGGUCGCCGACGAGCGCGCGCUCAUCCAGCAGGAAUCGGCGGCGAUACGCGCGUCGUUCCGCGAGGAGGACUCGUUCGCGCGGCACAAUAACAUCGCAAAACUCCUCUACAUCCAUAUGCUCGGCUCCCCCGCGCAUUUCGGACAGAUCGAGUGCUUGAAGCUGGUUGCGAGCCCGCGAUUCGCGGACAAGCGGCUAGGGUACCUGGGCAUCAUGCUGCUGCUUGACGAGAAUCAGGAAGUACUGACACUGGUUACGAAUUCCCUCAAGAAUGACAUGAACCACUCGAACAUGUAUGCCGUCGGGUUGGCACUCUGCACAUUCGCCAACAUUGCAUCGGAGGAAAUGUCGCGCGAUCUCGCGAAUGAAAUAGAGAAGCUACUCGGGUCGAGCAACACAUACAUUCGGAAGAAGGCAUCUCUCUGCGCCCUGCGUGUCAUCAAGAAGGUCCCCGACCUUGCUGAUCAUUUUGUCGGCAAAGCGAAGAACCUCCUUACUGACCGCAAUCACGGUGUGCUGCUCACUGCUAUCACCCUUGUCACGGAAAUGUGCCAGCUGGACGCGGCUGUGCUGGAGGAAUUCCGCAAUGCCGUUCCCUUGCUCGUCCGGAACCUGAAGUCACUCGUCACCACCGGCUACAGUCCCGAGCACGAUGUUUCUGGCAUUACCGAUCCCUUCCUGCAGGUCAAGAUCCUACGCUUGUUGCGACUCCUCGGUCGCGGCAAUGUACACGCGAGCGAGACGAUGAACGAUAUCCUCGCGCAGGUCGCGACGAACACAGACUCGACGAAGAACGUCGGGAACUCGAUUCUGUACGAGACUGUACUCACUGUCCUCGAAAUUGAGGCGGACUCAGGCUUGCGCGUCAUGGCGAUCAACUUGCUCGGCAAGUUCUUGACGAACCGGGACAACAACAUUCGCUACGUCGCAUUGAAUACGCUCAACAAGGUCGUUUCGAUGGAUACGAACGCCGUGCAGCGGCAUCGGAACACUAUUCUCGAGUGCUUGCGUGACGGAGACAUCUCCAUACGUCGCCGCGCACUCGAGCUCUCCUAUGCGCUCAUCAACGAGCAGAACGUGCGCAUACUCAUCCGCGAGCUGCUCGCCUUCCUCGAGGUCGCCGACGACGAGUUCAAGCUCGGGAUGACGACGCAGAUCUGCCUCGCCGCGGAGCGCUUCGCGCCGAACAAGCGCUGGCACAUCGACACCGUGCUCCGUGUGCUCAAGCUCGCGGGCAACUUCGUGCGCGAGGAGAUCCUCUCCGCGUUCAUUCGUCUUGUCGCGCACACGCCCGAGCUGCAGGCAUACACGGCGUCCCGACUGUAUGUCGCGCUCCACGCAGACAUCUCGCAGGAGUCGCUCACGCUCGCGGCGACGUGGAUCCUGGGCGAGUACUCGGACAUUGUGCUGGAGAGUGGGAUCGUGGACGACGAUACGGCGAAGCCGGUCACGGACAAGGAGCUCGUGGACCUGUUGAGCUCGAUUCUGGACUCGCCGUACGCGAACCAGGUGACGCGACAGUUCGUGUUGACGGCGGUGACAAAGAUUGCGAGUCGGCCUGCGACGAGUGCGGGGGAGAAGGACAGAAUUGCGGAGCUGCUGUUGCGGUAUACCACGAACCCGGAGCUGGAGCUGCAACAGCGCGCAGUAGAGUAUGCGAGCUUGUACAACCAGGUCGAGCUCAGAGAAGGUGUCCUGGAGCGCAUGCCACCGCCAGAGUUGAAGGCGACGGUCAUGGGCGUGGUGAGCGAGAACAAGCCUGUCGGUUCAACCAAGAACCAGGAGGUGGACCUCCUGGGCGACGAGAUCACAUCACCAUCCGCCCCCGGCGGUGCUGCUCCGCCGAACACGCAAGACCUUCUCGCCGACAUCUUUGGUUCUUCUGCCAGCCCGACUGCCUCCUCCCCAGCUCCUGGCGGUGCUCCUGCCGCCAAGCCUCGUUCCACCGUCGACGACAUUCUUGGCCUCUUCGGCACGACGGCGCCUGCCGCCGCCACACCCCCGCCUGCCUCGCAAUCACCUGCCCUCGCGAGCAGCGGCUCCGGCGACCUCUUCUCGCUCGCCGCGCAGUCCUCGUCGCCGGCGCCACCGCCGCCGCAGGCCGCCGCGCCCCCGAAGCCGCAACUGACGUCGUACACGGCGUAUGAGCGGAACGAGCUGAAGAUUACGCUGACGCCGCAAACGAAUCCGAAUAAGCCGGGCAUCGUGUUGGUGCUGGCGCGGUUCCAGGUGUCGGGGAACACGCCUGCGACGGGAUUGAACUUCCAGGCAGCGGUGCCGAAGUCACAACAAUUGCAGAUGCAGCCUAUGUCGAACUCGGAUGUGGCACCGGGAGCGACGGAGACGCAGCAGAUGCGUAUAGUUGCGCCGCAGGGCAGCAACGUGCGCUUGAGGUUAAGGAUAUCCUACACUAUUGGAGGGCGGCCUGUACAGGACCAGGUGGACUUCGCUGGUUUCCCACUAGGCUUGACGGGCUGAGCGAGUGGUGUGUGCCCCUUCCGUGUUGUGCAUGCUGUUGUAAAAGCUCUAUUAGAGGUGGAUAUACAUUGUUACCUGUC